UUACCCAGGGCAAGGCUGGGCUCGGGGCUCCGCUGUCAGCCAGCAGCUAUGCUGCAGAACAGGAUGUCGGAUUAAGGAGUCUCCUAUCGGCCAGAGCCGUGCCAGGACAGCAGGGGACAGCAGGGAAGUGGAGGAGCUGGGUGGCACCAGCAGAGCUGCCCCAGCUCACACCCAGCACGGACGGGUUUGGGGGUUCAGCCACGCUGGGAUCCAGGCUGGAACAGCAGGAAAAGCGCCUGGCAGGGCUGCAGGAUGAAUUGCAGCCGGCCUGGGUGCAGGUGAGGGGCCAGGGAUCGCCUGUCAGGACGUACCUGCCGAGCACUCCACCUUAUCUGCGGCGGAGCGGAGUUAAUGUGUAACCCGGCUGUGUUUGGUUAGCCCAGAAAAGCAAAGAAGUCCUGGGAUAGGCACGGCCGGGACAAGGAAUUGGGCAGCACGGAACGACGGACAGCCUGCCAGGGUAUUCCCGCUGUGCCAGCCUCCAGGGCAGCCCAGGCUAUGCCUAGGAAGGAGCUGGGGAUGGCUGGCUGCAACUCUGGCAGCUGUGACAGCAUGGUCAGCACGGCCUCCAACCACUCCCAGCGGAGUGACAACAGCUAUGACUAUUUAUCUGUGGAAGAAAAGGAGUGUUUGAUGUUCCUGGAGGAAACCAUUGGCUCCCUGGAUGCAGAGGGGGACAGUGGGGUGUCCACGGAUGACACCGACUACGGGGAGCCCUCCAAGCCCAGGAAAGGCCCUGUGCCCUGGGAUUUGGGGAACGGGACUCCCCCUGCAAGCAGAGCUCAGCAGCGUGGGGCUGAACAGAGGAGUGGUAAAAUCAUCUCUGCCCCAUCCAGCUCAGCCCCAGCAGCUGCUCCAGGCCCAGGUUGUUCCAGCCUUCCCAGGAACAUCCCUGCAGCAAAUGGAGCUUCUGGCAGCAAAGGAGGUGUCCCCAUAGUGCCAGCAGGAAAACCUGCCCAGGAGGUGCCCAGGGAGGGCAGGCUGGACCUGGGAAGCCACACCAAGUCCGUGAUUAUCCAACCUCCAGACCCCUUCCAGGAUGAGCUGGAGUGGUCACGCAGCCAGCGCUCAGAUGCCAAGGGAGAGGCACCCAAGGAGACCAAGACGUGGACUUCGUGGGGCCACCUGGGGAAAUCCACGCUGGAGGAGGCCCCUCAGGACCCCGAUGCCAAGCGUGGGCCUCCAACUGCCCCCAAACCGCGGAAAUUGCCACCAAACAUCAUCCUGAAAACCAGCAGGAGCAGCCCCGUGCCGGAGCACAACCAGAAGGUAAAACCAGCCCCUCCACCCUCAGCCGCCUCCCAGGCCAGCCCUGCCAGCGACAGCACUGCUGAGAAGGGGAAUUCAGGCCACCUCGACCCUAAGGAGAAGGAGAAAGCCCGAAGGGAGGCCCUGGAGAAGCUGGGACUGUCCCAGGACAGGAGGGAGCCCAGCGCCCACCUCCAUCCCCACCCCAGGGAGACACCGCAGCCUGGGGAGGGCUCCGCGCCGGGGAUCCGGCAGAUCCCCUUCAAAUCCAACACCCUGGAGCGCUCUGGGGUGGGGCUGGGCAGCUCCAUGGGCAGCGCCAAGGAGCAGAACGGGCACAGCAGCAGCAGCUCCCUGGGCAAGAUGUCCUUCAUCGAGCGCCUGGCGCCCAGCUUCCUCCGCAGCCGCCCCCGGCCCGCCUCCCUCGGGGCAGGGAAGGACUUCGGGGGCCUCAAGGAGCAGGAGGAGAAGGACAAGAGCAGCAAGAGGAGAUCCCACCCUCUGCCCAGCUUCCCCAGGCCGCCACGCUCCGCUGUCAGCGUGAAGAUCUCGCCCAAAGGCGCGGCUGAUGAGAACCGGCGCGAGGCGCUCAAGAAGUUGGGGCUGCUCAAGGAGUAGCGGCUGGUGGGGCUGGUGGAAAAGGGGAUUUUUUCACCCCAAAUCCAACUGCCUGCACUGCCUGGGGCACGGGCAUCUGCUCCCAGAGGUGCUGGGAGCUUCACACGGAAUAAAGGAAGGCGGCGUGUACAGGAUAUUUUGUAUAUAGCAGGUGUACAUGGGAUAUUUAUA